CCCGGCGCCGCCUCCAUCGAUCGCGGGCGGCUUCGCGGCGAUGCCGCAGCACCGCGGGGCCGGGCAGGAUGGGGCCAGCCCCGGGGACACCGGGGAUUUUGAGGGGGGGUUGGGGGGGGGACCCGGUGUGAACACCCCAAACCCCGGGCACGGCCCCACGCGGGGAUACGGGGACAGAACCGUGGGGGGGGGGGGGGGGCCCGGACACCGACACGCGUGGGUACGGCGGCGGCACCGGGGCCUGGCAGCACCGGGGGCUGCGGGGAGGAGCCGUAACCCGGUGCCCCCCCCUCUCCCCCUCCGCCGCCGCCCGGUGGCUGCCCAGCUCCGGGGGCGCAGCCGGACGCCACGGGGAUGGGCGCGGGGGCGGGCAGGCGGGGGCGGGGACGACCGGGACGCCCCGGCGGCCCCGUGUGAUGCGGAGCGAGGCGGCGGCGGCGGCGGCGGCGCGGCCCUUCCCGGCGGAGCGCCGCGGUCCGGUGCGGGGCGGCCCCGCCGGGAUCCCGGGGGGUGCCGCCGGGGAUGUCCGGCUCGCCGCAGCCCGCCGCUCCCGGUUCCUUCCAGAGCCCCCGGAGGCUGCCGAAGCGCAAGAGCCGCUUCAAGCGCUCGGACGGCAGCACCUCGUCCGACACCACCUCCAGCAUCCUCCGCAGGCAGGGCUCGGCCGACUCCUACACCAGCCGCCCGUCCCUGGACUCCGACGUGUCCCUCGAGGAGGAUCGCGAGAGCGCCCGGCGCGAGGUGGAGAGCCAGGCCCAGCAGCAGCUCGAGAGGGCCAAGCACAAGCCGGUCGCCUUCGCCGUGCGCACCAAUGUCAGCUACUGCGGGGCGCUGGACGAGGAGUGCCCGGUGCAGGGAGCCGCCAUCAACUUCGAAGCCAAAGAUUUCCUGCACAUCAAGGAGAAAUACAGCAAUGACUGGUGGAUCGGGCGCCUAGUGAAGGAGGGGGGGGACAUCGCCUUCAUCCCCAGCCCCCAGCGCCUGGAAGCCAUGAGGCUCAAACAGGAGCAGAAAGCCAGGAGAGCUGGCAACGCCUUGGGCCUCGGCGACAGCGGGAACCGGCGAUCGCCUCCCCCUUCCUUAGCCAAGCAGAAGCAGAAGCAGACGCAGCACAUCCCACCCUACGACGUGGUCCCCUCCAUGCGGCCGGUGGUGCUGGUGGGACCCUCGCUGAAAGGAUACGAGGUCACCGACAUGAUGCAGAAAGCCCUCUUCGACUUCCUCAAGCACAGAUUUGACGGCAGGAUCUCCAUCACCCACAUCACGGCCGACCUCUCCUUGGCCAAGCGCUCCAUCCUCAACAACCUGGGCAAGCAGGCCAUCCUGGAGCGCUCCACCACCCGCUCCAGCAUCGCCGAGGUGCAGAGCGAGAUCGAGCGCAUCUUCGAGCUGGCCAAGUCCCUGCAGCUGGUGGUGCUGGACGCCGACACCAUCAACCACCCGGCGCAGCUGGCCAAAACCUCGCUGGCGCCCAUCAUCGUCUACGUCAAGGUGUCCUCCCCCAAGGUCCUGCAGCGGCUCAUCAAAUCCCGUGGCAAGUCCCAGGUGAAGCACCUCAACGUGCAGAUGAUGGCAGCGGAUAAGCUGGUGCAGUGCCCCCCGGAGCUUUUUGAUGUGAUCCUGGAUGAGAACCAGCUGGAGGAUGCCUGCGAGCACCUGGCCGAGUACCUGGAGGUGUACUGGCGCGCCACGCACCACCCGCCGCACGCCCCGCACGCCGUGCCCUCGCCCACCAGCCUCCCGGGCUUGCAGAGCCAGCAGCUGCUGGGGGAGCGGGGCGAGCACUCGCCGCUGGAGCACGACAGCCUGAUGCCCUCGGACGAGGCCAGCGAGCCCUCGCCCAAACCUUGGGCGGCCUCCUCGCAGCGCGGCUCCCGGCACCUGGAGGAGGAAGAGGAGUACGGGGAGCCUUACCCCGACCUCUACCAACCCCACCGGCAUCACAACAGCGGGCUGCACGGCCCCCCCGGCCCCGCCGCGCAGGAGCGCCUGCUGGAGCGCCCGCCCGAGCGCGACCACGACAGGAACUGGCAGCGCAGCCGGCCCUGGGCCAAGGACAGCUACUAGGGCGGGUGGGCAAAAGGGGAAGGGAAAAGGGGAAAAAAGGGGUUGGGGCCCCUUCCCUGGGUCCUCGCCGCCCCUUUUUACCCCAACCCCAGCCCCGCGCUGGGGGUGCUCAGACAAUCUCCCCCCUUCUCUCGGGGAACUCCUCUCGGCAGCGGCAGCUUCCCGGCGCCUGGCCCCGGGCACCGUCUUCAGCCAUAAUAAGCACAGGAGGGGGCCGGCGGCCAGGAUGCCAGGGCCCCCCCCCCCCUCAAAAAAACAAAAAUCCAACCCCCUCCCUGGCUCCUGGUGACCCGAGAGCAGCCACAAGCCUUCUCCCUGCCUCAGUUUCCCCGCCUGCCCCCCCCCCCAGCAUCAUUCCCCGCAGGGCAGCCGCCAUCAGCAGAGGGCCCCCCCCCCCCAAAAAAAAAAGGACUCAUAGGCUCGGUAAAAGGGGGGGGGCACAGUUUCAAGCAGCAUCCCCCCCAUCCCGCUGCCCUGAAGAUGUAGGGGACAGUGACAGCGCUCACCUUCCCCCCCCCGGGGCCUGUCCCCUCCCCUGCCCCUGCAUGGGACCCCCCCAGGAGGAGGGGGCCACACCAGUUGCUUCGCUCUGCACCAAUUUCCCCCCCCGGCCCCCCCUGUUCACAGUAGCCAAACUGCUUCCUCCCCCCGGGGACAGGGGGACAGAGGGGGACAGGGGGACCCCCUGUGGGGCUGCUGGACCCUAUAGGGGGCUGCUGGACCCCACAGGGGGCUGCUGCCCCCCACCUGCACUCGCUGCCCCCCUCCCCACCCCCCUGUCCCCGCACGUCACCGCCGUCCUGUAAAUACAGCGCCCACGGCCCUCGGCCGGCGGCUGCUCCCCCCGCAGGGAGCUGUCCCCAGCCGGCGGAGGGGAAGGGGUGGGAGCCACAGAUUUGUUAUAAUUUCUUUUUGUAGAAAGCACUGAAUUGCCCUGUAACUUGUUUCAGAAACACGAGCGUGCUCGGA